AAAUGUAAACCUCUUUGAGGGUGCGAUAACUCGUGUGUGUUGCAAAGUCCGCCCUAUAGUUAAUGGGUUAUAAAAUGAAGUGACACUUGUAGUGCAGUGACACUUGUAUCUUACUGUUCUGAGGAUACUACAUGGCUAGAUCUAAGAUCCCAACUGUGCCCCUGGCUAGUGGGCAGCACAUUCCUCUUCUAGGUCUGGGAAUGUCUCAUGUUGGAGGAUAUUGCCACAAUGCACUACUCUAUGCUUUGACAACAUGUGGCAUCCGCCAUAUUGACACAGCCAAGAGAUACGGAAAUGAAGUUAUGGUGGGGAAAGCAAUAUGUGAAAGUGGAGUGAAGAGAGAAGAGCUGUGGCUCACCACCAAACUUUGGCCUGGAGACUAUGGGUAUGAGAAUGCCAUACAAGCAUGUCUGGAUUCAUGCAAGAGACUAGGAGUAGACUAUCUAGACUUGUACCUCAUGCAUUGGCCUGAUGCCCAAAUACCAGGUAAGAGUGCCAGGGAGGCACGUGCGGAGACUUGGCAAGCAUUGGAGGAGCUGAAUGAAAGAGGAAUCUGUCGCUCUAUUGGUGUUAGUAACUUUUUAAUCCAUCACUUGGAUCAAUUGAAGGAAGACUGCAAUAUGGUACCUCAUCUUAACCAGGUGGAGUAUCAUCCCUUUCAGAGACCACAGGAACUUGUGGAUUAUUGUAGAAGGAAUAAUAUUGUGUUUGAGGGAUACUGUCCUCUGGCCAAAGGACAAGCCCUGAAUCACCCUGUAAUUCAAAAAAUUGCAAAAAAUUAUGGAAAAACCCCAGCUCAAGUCUGUAUCCGCUGGAGUAUCCAGAAUGGUAUUGUAACCAUCCCAAAGUCAACCAAAGAGGAGAGAAUCCAGGAGAACUGUGAGGUGUUUGGUUUUGUGUUAGCAGAUGAGGACGUUUUGGCUCUAAAUGCCUUGCAUGAUGGCCGUCAUAUUUCCUGGGAUCCCUCCAAUAUUCUGUAGCUGUCACAGGUUUUUAACUUCCAGUUGGAACAGGAGCACAUGGAUUGUAUAACUUCCCUGAACAGUAACCGCAAACUCAUCCAUUUGACCUACCCACUGUGGAGAGGCUGAAUCCAGACAUGCUGAGCCCUGCAGUCGCUGCACAUUUCAACCAUUGGCUGCCUGUUUGGUCAGCAAAGCACUGGCAAACAAUGCAUUUUGGUCCCACAAAAGGAUGAACAGUGUACCAAGUGCCUUAUGAAUAAAAGCUGUGUAUGGAGUGUUGGUGGAAUAGCAAUUAUCCUAUGGUAUCAAAGCCUUUUAGGUAGUGAUAAACCUAAACUGCAUUGCUAUAUACUUGAACUAAAAAUGUGCUGAUUAAAACUACUUUCUUAAAUUUACUGGAAUGGCUGAAUUCUGAAAUAAGUAUUUUACUGAAAGCAAUUUUAUACUUAGUAUUUUUAAAAAGUCUAUGCUCAUUGGCAUUAGUGGUACCAUUCUCACAGUUUCUUAAAUGUUCCAUUUUAUCAUGAUAUUACACUUAUUGUCACACAAUGAAAUAACAAUGUAACAUGAAAUAAAUGGGAAUGUGUCCUUCACUGA